AUGGCCACCAUUUCUGCUUGCACUGCAACCUCGUCUCUUGCACGUGCCGCCCUUGUGCAGAAGGCAUCCGUCGCAAGGCAUUCAUCCGUUCUUGGGUUGCCAUCAAUGGCAAAGGUGGGAAAAGUGAGAUGCUUGAUGGAGGAAAAGCCUCAAGAGAGUGACUCAAAGUUAGGCAUGGGAGCAUCUUUGAUGGCUGCUGCUGCCUGCGCUGCCACCAUCUCCGGCCCGGCCAUGGCUCUGGUGGAUGAUAGAAUGAGCACGGAGGGAACUGGGCUCCCUUUUGGCUUGAGCAAUAAUCUCCUUGGUUGGAUCCUUUUGGGUGUGUUCGCUUUGAUUUGGUCUCUCUAUACUGUCUAUACCUCCACUCUUGAAGAAGAUGAAGAAUCUGGGCCAUCUGUUGCUACAAUAAAGGAUGCUAAUGUGAGCACCGUACAUGACAUGCUCUACUAG